AUGUACGACAAACUAGUCAUACUAGUGCUACUACAAGUUUGCUUCGCGCCAGUGAGAUGUCGCCAAGGAAUCUCUUCUUAUGAUAAACCACAGCAAGCCAUGCGCGGAGGAAAAACGGGGAAUGAAAUAAGAGAAGAAACUUCACGAGACUCCCUUAUAACAGGUACGAACGAGCUCCCAGAUUGACAGAUUGAAGACAGUUUUGAAAAUUAGAUACGAUAAUUUUUUUCACUCUUUCCUCCAUAGACGAGUUGGUAUAUAACUAGUUUGAAUAUCAAUGUUCUUUCUCCUGUGCUUCUGGCCAUAACUUGGACAAACAUUUAUAAUUCCUGAUACACUUGUGACACUCAAUUUUACUAAGAGUGAGUUUGGCUGGUGUGGAGGAGAGCUUAAUUCUAAACGUAAUUUAAAGAGUUGGUAAAUAGUUUUAAUCAGCACUCAUAAGGCGAGAAACUUUAUUCAUUUCUCACUUUUUAUCUGUUGCAAUGGCAACUGCCCAAUGAAGCUUAACUCAACAGCCACUGUGAUUAUCAAUGAUCAAGUUUUUUCCCUUAACGAGCCGGAAAAGUAAUCCUUGCUCCUGAUAUUUAAACAUCACGUUAUUAUGUUUUCGUCGCAUCACAUUACGUUUGCCUGUUCUAUCCAUCUGUUGUGUUGCUGUCGAUGUUGUCCGAAAACUCUACUAGAUUCACUGUGUCUCUGAAUUAUCACUCAUCCGUAUGUCAUAUUCAAACAGGAGUUCAUCGCACAUAUAUUAGAUAAUUCAUAUUUUGACCGGUGGGUGAUAAAAAAUAGCAAAAUGAUCCUCAAGUGAACUGAAAUUGACUGAGAAAAUGCCGAAAAAGAGGAAUGAAAAUUCAGACUUAGAGGACCUUCGAAUUCGAACCUUGUGGUGACUUGAUUCUUUUCAGUCUUGUUAUCUGCAUUUACUUCAAUUGCAAUUUACCUGAAAGAGUCAUUUAGUAAUAUUAAUAGUAUAUAUUGGGAAAAUUUCUAGUUCACUAAUGAAUCCUCCAUCAUGGAUCCUUAAAUGGAUGGAUCAGUACAAAUGCUCAGCUUUACUAGCUUUAUUUUAACUUCAACAGAAGCUGAUUCUUCGCUCCAUUACUCAGAUGAUAGUAAAUGAUUGACUUUGGUUCAUUUUUAACAGUUAUGUGACUAUUGAGUUAUUAAGAGAAAAGGAAGCACAUCUGAAUCAUUUUUUCCGAGGGAACUUCUUCGAAAUAUGGUAUUAUUCCUUGUGCAGAAAGAUUGCUUGGCAAAACUUCUGAAUAGUGUUAUGACACUUCCUUUUCAGAUGAUGAAGUCUCUGUUGAGUGCUUACAGAAUGACAUGCUCAUUGCUAUUCCCAAGUCCGUGCUCCGUGGCACAGACCGUGAGCAUAUCAGAGCCCUGGACGUGAAUUGCGGGGCAACCGACAAUUUAACUCACUUUAUCCUUGACGUUCCGCUGACCGGUUGCGGAACAAAGAGCAGGCACACAAACUCGUCAGUUAUUUACAGCAAUGAAGCUCUGCCUGUCCCGCCUGUAGCAGAGGACAUCGUCUCUCACGUGCCCGAUUUCCAGAUUCCGUUUCAUUGUUAUUACGACAGUGAGGGACUGGUGUCAGGAGUUGGACUCAUGCCACGAAGCGAGAAAGUUAUUUUCUCCGAAAAAGGCUUCGGCAAAUUCACUAUGAGGCUAGAACUCUUCCCAGACCUCAGGUUUGAAUGAGAUAAUGCAGACACCACACGAUCUCAAGGAGUGCACUCCCGGGUUACAGCAUUCCAAAGCAAAAUGGUUUGCGCGGUUAAGCCGGCAUCAUUAGAAAAAACAAGCCAGGCGCUCUCAUUCUUCGGAAUAUUGAUUUGGGAAAAUUAUUUAAUUCCUUUCAAACAAAAUUUCUCAGUUUUUUUUAUUCGCAAAAAGCCUCUCCUACUGAGUUUCCCUAGAAAAUAUUUCGGCAGUUUAAAUGGAAAAAAUGUCAUAAAACACGAUACUUUCGAUAUUGGCACUGAUCCUAGCUGUAGAUAGAAUCUUUGUCAUAUAUCGCCUGGCUAACAAACGAGCGAAAGGAAGCAUUUUGAGGUCACUUUCUUUGUGCAACUCGAACUUGUCUCAGAAUUCAUAGGUUUGAUUUCACCUCUAACAUAAAGUCGGCUGUAAACUAGUACUGUGUUAGUUUAAGCUAAGCGCCGAAAGACUGAGAAUUAAAUCUGGACAAUAGCGUCGUUCAGGAGAUUGCUUACCUCCAUCUCAUUAUUUUCUAGCCGAUAAGUUAUAUAAUGCAUUGUAGUAAACCUUAAUUUAUCGUCAUUUAAUAUACUCAUGCCAUCUUCUAGCCAGUAAGUAAGCAAAUACCAACCUAUUUCAAACCAAUUACACUCUGUUUUAAGAGGAGAAUAGUAUUUCAACAGCUGCAAAACAAACUUAGCAUUUGAAAUUAUGCUGAUUUAGCUUUUCAAUAUCAUUUCAGGUUUGUUGGCCCAUAUACUCAAGACGACUACCCCAUUUCAUUAAGACUGCGCCAAAAAAUAUUCUUUGAGGCAUCUGUUGACACCAUUGACCACAGGCUGACCAUCCUCGCCAGGGAAUGUUUUGCAACGCCCAGUCCCGACAUUAACAGCUCACCCAAAUAUUGGAUCAUCAAGAAUGGGUAACUUGAAAGCGUCCAGCUUAUUAAAUAAUUUUUACAUAAUUCUCCUUGCAAAAAUAAUAUAACACAUGGAUAUAAGUUUCAAGGUGGUUUAUGUCGUUAUGAAAAGAUUAGAAGGGAGCGUAGGAAAUGAACACACUUGAAUCCUUCAAAUACGUAAGAUUUAAGAUCUUAUUUGUUCUGUGUCUAACCUAUAUAUAUCAUAACAAUGCAUACUAAAUAUUGCUUCGCUUCUUACUAGACCAAACAAACUAAAUUUUCAGUAAAUCUACAUGACUAAGGAGAAUUUUCAGUCAAAUUGGGUUCAGUUCUUUUUCUUAUUUUGUUUCGUCUCCAAUUUGAUUUCAUCUUUUAUUCACUUUUAUGAUAAUAAUUACUGUCUCACACCUUUUCUUUUUUUCACUCAUAACAGCUGCAAAGUGGAUGAGACACUCGAAUAUCACCCGGCCAAUGAGAGAUCUGAGCGCUUUAGUUUGGAAAGUUUCAAAUUCAUCGGAGAGCAUCCAUUCGUCUUUGUGCAUUGCCAUAUAAGGGUUUGUAACCAUUCGGAUCCAGAAUCCAAAUGCGUACGCAUCUGUGAAGAUCGAAGGAAACGUGACGUUAAUGUUGUGCCGGAGAGCGUCGAUGACGUUUAUCCUCUUGCCCAGGGCCCUAUCACGUUAAGAAAGGAAGAACUCAAAGAUGAAAUGGCGACUAACACUAUUAGAAAUGGUGAGAUAUUUAAAAAUGAUCUCAGUAAUAGCUUUGUUUGUAUUGCACCUAAAUUCUAUUGUAUUCGUUUGCGUCAUCAGAAACAAAACAAAAAUACUGAGCUUUAUAAUGGGUUAAAGGAAUAAAUUCUUUGGGGAGAAAUCAGAUAAACAAAAAAAACAAACAAACAAACAAAGAAGCAGGUAAAAGGCUUUGAAGAAAAAUAUUUACAUGACUGAAUCUUUUCGUUAUCGUUUUUCUCAGGUCCAUCUGCACUCGUUAUUGCCACUGCGACUGUAUUAUUAGCACUGAGCGCGCUGGGUGCAGCGCUUCUCAUAAGACACAAGAGGAAGUUGGUACAUGAAUACAAGACUCUUGUCCAAGAAAUUCAAAGCUAAAAAAGUGUGAUCAUAUUUGAAUACAAUGUUUUGAUCAUCUGUUUAAUAUACAAUACAUGAGAAAAAAGCCGCUUAAAAGCUUACCUUUUUUCCGACGAGAAAGAUAUUUAUCGGUCAAGUAAGGUAUGAAAAGCCAAAGGAAUGACUAUGAAAGAUGUUACCUUUGAAAAGAAACUGAGCAGAAUACGACAAUUUGCUUUUCACAACUGGUAACAAAAAGAUUAAUAGCCGUGAUCUUCAAAUUUGUAUGUUUACUUUUAACUUCUUAGGCAGAUGGUACGAGUUUUUUUCCACUCUGGAAAUAGCAACUGAGUCUGUUCUUGAGUCUGUUCGUUUUGUAAAUAGGGAUGUGAUAUCUACGACUAUUUCUUAGAUUAAAACUAUCUUUAUUUGGU